UACUCAAACAAAGUAAACUGUACAAUUGCAAUAAAACAUUUGAAUUACAAAAUUGUAUCGUUCUAUUUAGUUUUUAAUACAUUUUAGAACUAAGUUUCAGCGUUGGUUAUAAAAAAUAUGAUAUACGAUGGCAGCGAUGGAUAAUUUCGAAACAAGCUCAGACAUAUUUUCCCAUUUACUGAAGCGACACCAGUACAAAUAUCCUGAUGAUGGGGCACAUAAAAAGUGGAAAUUUCCUCAACUAUUUAUAAUUUUUGCCUCCGGGGAUAUUAACCAAGCUACAGAUGCAAUUGUGAAAGAUCUAAGUCACCCAAUUGGAAGCGGAUUGAUAGCAAGCGUUCUCAUAGAAGAGUAUAUCCGGGAUGAUAUGAUAAAAAUCCGUACAAAUUUAAAACCAAUGGACGAACGGUUGCAACUUCAUCCAAAUUAUUUAAAAUCUGUAAAGCUUAUUGAUCGUAUGAAUUGCUCAACAAUACACAUCGAGGAGUUUGAAGAAGAAGAUACAAAAAAACAGUACGGUCAUAAAAAGGGGUCUCCAAUAGUAGUUUUAGACUUUCCUCAAUACUAUUUUGGGAAGUCACCUACGGCUAUAACUACUCUGAGUACUUUUAGAAAUCUUGAUGAAUUAUUUAAGCUUUAUAAAAGGGAAAGGUUAAGUUUUGAAUCUGUUUCAGUUUGGUCUUCUAAAUUGUCUCAGUGUUUUGAUGUGGUCACGAGAAUUCCGCAAGGUGUAAAUUGGACGUUUAACUGUAAAAAUAUAUCUACAAAGUCGCCACUGCAAGUUACACUGCCAAACUCAGAAGUCUCUAUAAUGCAAAAUAUACAUUUUGAGACUCUUUCUACUCCUGGAAACGUAAAGACGAUCGCUUUUCCAAUCAAAUAAAUCUUAAAAAUAAA